UAGCCAUCGACUGUCUUGGUGUUCAUUGGAAUAAAACCAGACUAAGCUGGACAAUCUUGCAAUAACUUUUUGUGAUAUAGUUCUAUUUUUGCUUCCACUAUAGUAAAAUAAUGAUUUGCCAGUAGUUUUCUUCGAUUGAGAACUUUUCAGCUAAUCAAACUAAUUUUAACAAUACCAAAUGCUUCAAAGCUAAAGAAUAGAUAAAAACAAAAUGCUCCAUUCUACCACGGAAUCUCAAAGCAAUGCCGACUCCGGCCAGAAGUGUGAUAUCAGCAAGGAUAAAAACAAACGCGGCGUCGCCGACAAAAACUGCAACCUGCGGGAAGCACGGAGUUCCCUGGCAAUGCAAAACGUUGCCACUGCAAACAAACGACUAUCGUCGACGGGACAAGGUGAUGCCUAUAGCGAGCGAAAUAGCCAAUUUAGCGAACAACCCAGCUCGCGGGCUAGUAAACGUGCCAAGGCCAGCGGUUCAACGACGUCUAGCGGAACGAUUGACUCAUCCGGGAGUACCUGCAGCGAUGGUGAUACGUCGUCCUCCUAUGGGGACAGCAAUUUACCGUACCCCGGCUUCGUAGAGUAUUCUCUCAAGUAUCUACGGCAGGAUUCGAAACCGCGAAUCUGGUGCUUGCAGCUUAUAACGAAUCCGUGGUUUGAGCGAAUCUCAAUGCUCGUGAUACUACUGAACUGUGUUACAUUGGGAAUGUAUCAACCUUGUGUAGAUGAUGCUUGCGUUACCAAUCGGUGCAAAAUAUUACAGAUUUUCGACGACAUCAUCUUCGGAUUCUUUUCAUUGGAAAUGACAAUCAAAAUAGUUGCUAUGGGAGCGUACGGUAAAGGGACCUACUUGGCAGAUUCCUGGAACCGACUGGAUUUUUUCAUCGUUCUGGCAGGUGCUUUAGAGUAUUGUCUACAAGUCGAAAAUUUUAACUUGACGGCAAUCAGAACGAUACGUGUGCUACGGCCUCUCAGAGCAAUCAAUCGAAUUCCAAGCAUGCGAAUACUGGUCAUGCUUCUACUGGACACGUUACCGAUGCUAGGGAAUGUGUUGCUGCUGUGCUUUUUCGUGUUUUUCAUAUUUGGUAUUGUUGGUGUUCAACUGUGGGAAGGAAUACUCCGGCAACGAUGCGUGAGAUCUCUACCGGAAAACGUAUCUACUCCAGAGGCUAUACCAGAAGAAUACCGAGUCCGAGUUCGCGUCAAUUCCAUAUCAUUAUACUACGAGUUCUCGAAAGAACAGGACUACAUAUGUUCGAAACCAGAAGAUUCGGGAAUGCAUUUGUGCAAGGAUCUACCACCGUACCGAGUAGGACCACUGGUUUGCAAUGCUUCAGCGAUUCCAUUUUCAGACAACAUCCCUACAUCUAAAUCGUGCGUCAAUUGGAAUCAAUACUAUACGAAUUGCACGCAACGGGGAAGCAAUCCAUUUCAAGGAACUAUAUCGUUCGACAAUAUUGGGUUGGCGUGGGUGGCGAUAUUUCUGGUAAUAUCACUUGAAGGAUGGACUGAUAUUAUGUAUUAUGUGCAAGAUGCUCACAGUUUCUGGGACUGGAUUUAUUUCGUGCUGCUGAUCGUGAUUGGAUCGUUUUUCAUGAUAAACCUCUGCCUAGUCGUCAUAGCAACUCAAUUUUCGGAAACUAAAAAACGAGAAAUGGAACGGAUGCGACAGGAACGAGCUCGGUUCACCUCAACAUCGACACUGGCAUCCAGUACAAACAACUCGGAACCAACAACCUGCUACGCUGAAAUCGUCAAAUACAUCGCUCAUUUGUACAGACGAUUCAAGCGUCGCCUCAUUAAGAAGUUACGAUUGUAUAAAUAUCAGUUUCAACACAGAAAGGAAGGAUUAUUAUCGCACACUCCGGAAACAUUAACACUAUCACCCAACAGAUUGAAAGCACAUCAUCCCAAAUGCCCAAGAGUCAAGUCACUAUCGAACAGCAGUAUUCACAAAAACAAUCAGGAGGUUUAUUCUCCGAGUUCCAUUGUAUCUAGGAACAUGAAACCAUCAUCCGUUUGCAGUGACAAACAUUCAUCGUCAGAUGUAUCUGAAAUGGUUUCGGCAGAAAAUAUCAAAAAUAAUGCGCUCAAUAACUGCUCAAACUAUGCAAACACUGAGGAUAGACAAAAAGUAGUAUUGCUGAAGGUUCCUAAUAACGAAAAUAAUCAAUCCUCAACCAAUUCACUGAGUGCGUCAUCGACAGGUAGAAGAAAAUCAUCCGUAAUGUUCGAUGAGUGUGUAAAGCAUCAUACAUCCCCAACGAUUCCAGAACCAACGGCUGAUAAAAAUGUGUAUUGUUUAGAAAAAAUGACUCAGACAAGUGAUGCUGGAAUUUGGCAGGUAAACUUACCCCAGUCGCUUCAAACAAUGACAUCUGUUAUUAACGAUUAUUCGGAGCUGUGUCUAACAGAUGCAAUGACAUGUCAAGAAUUACUGGCUUUUUCCGUGGCGUUCUCAGCAGCUCUACCAACAGGCCACACGACGCUAGAAUCAUUUUACUCGACCCUAAUGAGAACUAGGACAAACGAAUCAUGUAAUAAAAAAUCACCAGUUCCCAGCAUUCAAGAGAAUAAUGCAAAAACCGUGUCACAAAAAAUAUCGCCACCUGCAUCCAAUUGUCUAGCGCAAAACACAGCAAACAUUAACAAUAUGGAUGAGUUUUCCUGUUGCUACGAACUGUACCAGAAUGCAGCACUCGCAGAUAAACACGCAAAGGACCACUCCAAAACUUACUGUGGUCUAGCGAAACUAUGCAGGCAUAUUCGGAUAUGCCUGCGAUAUAUUCGCAAUUGCACCAAAAAGUUAGUGGAACACCAAUACUUCCAGCAGGGAAUUUUGCUGGCAAUUCUCAUCAACACCCUGUCGAUGGGUAUCGAGUACCACAACCAGCCGGAAGAGCUGACCGCAAUCGUGGAAACGAGCAAUAUCGCCUUUUCGGCCAUAUUUGCCGUGGAAAUGGUGCUGAAGAUAGUCGCCGAAGGACCCUUCCGAUACGUUGCCAAUGGGUUUAACGUGUUUGAUGGGGUUAUUGUAAUACUAAGCGUCGUUGAACUCGGACAAGCCUAUCUAGGAGAAGGACAGGGAAACUCGGGACUGAGCGUACUGAGGACGUUCCGGCUAUUACGUAUAUUGAAACUAGUCCGGUUCAUGCCUAACCUUCGACGCCAGCUAUUUGUGAUGCUGAGAACUAUGGACAAUGUUGCAAUUUUCUUUUCACUGCUAAUACUAUUUAUUUUCAUAUUCAGCAUCCUUGGCAUGUACUUAUUCGGAGGUAAGUUUUGUAAGUUUGUCGAUGAAUAUGGACAAGAAAGGGAAUGCACUUGUCCAGAAAUUGUCUCCAAACAUCCACUGUGUGAGUGUGACCGAAAACACUUCAACAAUAUUCUCUGGGCAACGGUUACAGUGUUUCAAAUUCUUACCCAAGAGGACUGGAACGUUGUCCUGUUCAAUGGAAUGGAAAAAACAAGUCACUGGGCUGCCCUGUACUUUGUAACCUUGAUGACAUUUGGCAAUUACGUGCUGUUCAACCUGUUGGUAGCCAUUUUAGUCGAAGGUUUUAGUUCGGAGAGAAAUGAAAGACGAGAACGUGAACAACGAGAACUGGUAAAAGCAAAAUUGAAUGCUGAAUCUUUAGCGGCCCAAGAACAAAACAGCGACAUUUUCGAUGAUCCGAAAAGUUUCUCCGAGUCAACUACCAGUGACAGUUACAAUGAAGCACGAGGAAAGUGGUUCAGUGCAGAAGAGUUGCGAAUGCAGAUCAGGGAUAUAAAAUGCAACAUUCAAAAGCAACGCCUGCUACAGCCGGAAUAUGAUAACAUCAAUUUGUCUAUACCGAAGCUGAACUCGGACAAAGACGCCAUAAAUUCUGCUGAUUUACACGCAACGAAAAAGAAAAAAUGCGAGCCACUAAUGUUGUACAACAUACAACACAUAGAUGCUCCCAUUAUAACCACAACGGCAGCUACUCCUCAAGAUUCCCCAAACGGAACUCUCGAUACGGGAAUCGAUUUCAAACAUUGGGAAAACCUUGACAUGCAGCACACGGAGAAAAGUGAAAGUGUUUCGUUACUGAAACCACCCCCAGUCCUUGGUUCAUUGAAAGCACUAGACGAUCGAUCGUUCCUAGAGGGGACACCUGUGUUUAAUGAAAUUCGAAGAAAAUCUGAGAAAACCCACAAUACUUUGAGUGAGUAUCGACAAGCAGUAAGUAAUCGGAUUCAACUAUCCGGUUCGAGUGACACCCAAGAAAAACUAGCAAUUCCACGAAAGUGUAGCUUGAAGCUGCAAAACAAUGCAUUGAAAGAGAAAGAAGUACUAAACAAUGGAAGAGGCCAAACAUUAUCCAGCAUGCGAAAAAAUAAUACCUUACUGCAAAAAAGUUACCGCAUUCAAAACGAUACUCAACGGGACAAAUAUAGCGGACCCCGGAGAAACUCAACGAGGCGAUCGUCCUCGGUCAGGGCCGGCAGUAAGACGGGAAGUAUCGCUAGCAACAUAAGCGCCUCCUCCUACUCCAAGUAUCCGUACAACGAAAACGAUCAGUUCUUUUUCGAUCGGAAAAAUUCGAUCCGGCUGAGUGACAUAAAAAGUCCGAACAAUGCUCGUCGAAUGUCGGCAAUUGAGCAAACCUAUCGGAAGCACUCGCGGGUCGCUUUGCACAACUUUGAGCUGAGAAAGAUUCAGGAAGAACUUAGCAAAAACAGUAAUCAACCGGUGAAUACGGUUGAGCAGGAAGCUCGCAACUCGGUGCCGGAGAUUUUGAAUGUAAGGCACAAGAAGAAGUCGAAAAGUCGGUUGAAGCAGUUCUUCCGUUAUGUUACGCCACAGAAUUUUAUCGAGGAUCGAGAUUUGUACACUUUGUACAUAUUUCCCGAGGACAACAGAUUCCGGCAAAUAUGUAGCUGGUUUGUUAAUCAGAAGUGGUUCGAUAAUGUGAUCCUGUUGUUCAUUGCUUUGAACUGUAUAACGUUGGCAAUGGAGAGACCAAAUAUACCACCCAAUUGUCCGGAAAGAUACUUCUUGGCAACCGCGAAUUAUGUGUUCACGGCAGUGUUUGCUGUAGAAAUGUUUAUCAAGGUGGUAGCAACUGGUAUGUUCUACGGACCAGACGCAUAUUUUACAUCCGGUUGGAACAUUAUGGAUGGUUCGCUUGUUAUUAUAUCAAUCAUAGAUCUACUGAUGUCUCUGAUUAGUGAAUCAAGUCCUAGAAUAUUCGGUAUUUUAAGGGUUUUCAGACUUCUACGGUCACUACGGCCCUUGCGAGUUAUAAACAGAGCUCCUGGUUUGAAAUUAGUCGUGCAAACAUUACUGUCAUCUCUACGACCUAUCGGAAAUAUAGUACUGAUAUGUUGCACAUUCUUCAUUAUUUUUGGCAUCUUAGGAGUUCAGCUCUUCAAAGGCACCUUUUUCUAUUGCGAAGGAGAGAACAUCAAAGGAGUUAAAACGAAGGAUGAAUGUAGAAAAAGUGACGGAAAUGUGUGGAUAAAUAGAAAAUAUAAUUUUGACGAUCUUGGAAAAGCGUUGAUGUCACUGUUCGUACUGUCAUCGCGAGAUGGUUGGGUCAACAUCAUGUACACGGGACUUGACGCUGUGGGCGUAGACAUGCAGCCAAUUGUCAACUAUAAUGAAUGGCGGCUGCUCUAUUUCAUCGCAUUCAUCCUACUGGUGGGUUUUUUCGUUCUGAACAUGUUCGUCGGAGUCGUGGUGGAAAACUUCCACCGCUGCCGUGAGGAGCAAGAGAAGGAAGAGAAAAUUCUAAGAGCUGCAAAACGUGCCCUACAGAUGGAGAAAAAGAGAAGACGUAUGCACGAACCACCAUACUAUACCAACUACUCCCCGCUGCGAAUGUUCGUUCACAAUGUAGUCACAUCGAAAUAUUUCGACCUGGCAAUAGCCGCCGUUAUAGGCCUAAACGUGGUCACGAUGGCUAUGGAGUAUUACAUGAUGCCACUACCGCUGGAGUAUGCUCUGAAAAUUUUCAAUUAUUUCUUCACGGCAGUAUUUAUACUGGAAGCGAUGAUGAAACUGUUGGCGCUAGGAUUAAAAAUCUACAUGAAGGAUAAAUGGAAUCAGCUUGACGUCGGCAUUGUGAUUCUAUCAAUUGUAGGAAUUGUACUGGAGGAAUUGGAAACGAACAUCAUCCCGAUCAAUCCGACGAUAAUUCGCGUUAUGCGAGUGCUAAGGAUUGCACGGGUACUUAAGUUACUAAAGAUGGCCAAAGGAAUCAGAGCUCUACUUGAUACGGUUAUGCAAGCACUGCCACAGGUUGGAAAUCUUGGAUUGUUGUUUUUCUUGCUGUUCUUCAUAUUCGCAGCACUGGGCGUUGAAUUGUUCGGCCGGUUGGAGUGUUCGGAUGAGUUACCCUGUCAAGGAUUGGGAGAACAUGCACACUUUGCAAACUUUGGAAUGGCAUUUUUAACACUAUUCCGCGUUGCUACUGGUGACAAUUGGAAUGGCAUUAUGAAGGAUACGUUGAGGGACGAUUGCGAUGAUACAGCCGAUUGUGUUAAAAAUUGCUGCGUAAGCACGAUAAUUGCUCCAAUAUUUUUCGUAAUCUUUGUAUUGAUGGCUCAGUUUGUGUUAGUUAAUGUUGUAGUAGCUGUGCUGAUGAAACACUUAGAGGAAAGUCACAAACAAAUGGAAGAUGAGAUAGAUAUAGACACAGAGCUUGAGCGUGAGUUUGAACGAGAGCAAGAAUUUGAAGAAGAACAAGCGCUUUGUCUGCAACUUGAAAAUGACCAGAAACAACUACAAAAAAGACCACUAACUAAAGUAUCUUCACUACCAUCUAAUUUUACCUACAGUACACCGGUGCUGGAGAAACGGUCGAAUUUACAACGACGUCAAACCGUACAGUAUUUUAACCAAAAUGCACAACAUUGUAAUUCCUAUUCAAACAACAACUCGUAUGAUGAAACGGCAGAAAAUAAUAUAAAUGACGAGGAUGAAGAGCCAGUUAACUCUGUCAAUGAUAAUUCUAGCGAUAAAAGUGCCAAUAAGAAAAUACAUAUAAACAAAUCUCUAUUCAAUAAAAGUGUCGAAAGAAGGACAUCAACUGAAGAAUUUAGGAAACAGCACAAACCUGGUGAUGAUUUUACGAUAAACGAUAAGAAUAGUACAUUAAAAUAUUCCAACAGUUGGAAAGAAAACAAAAUUGAACCUACGUUGGAAGAAGCGGACACUACCUUGAAAAUGUCAUGCCCAACAAUUGUUCCAUCUGCUAAAGGAAUCUCGAAAAACAAUAAAUCGGACUACCGUCAAUUAAGUCUGGAUUGUGAUGUAAAAACUAACGUAAUGCAGGACUACCUAAACCUACCGAGCUCGGGUAGUAAAUUUUUCUCCAGCACACCAGUUGCCAGCAACGUGGCAAAUACGUUGAACAACAAUAAAUCAUUUCUGUCGGUGCCCAAAUUGCAGCCAAAAAGUCGUUCCGGUAGCACCAAACAAUUGUUCAAACAAGCUGCCCUCGAUGAGGAUACCGAAACGAAUGAAAGUUCCCUGUUGCUACCUUCUACUUCACAUACGACUGCCUUAGCUAGUGACCAUUCCUUCAAUAUGCUGAAUGUCUGCAAUGAGGAAGCGGUGAAGAAGUCCGAUUCAUGCGAAAUUCUGCGGAUUAUAUCGGAACGUAGGAAAAUAUAGUAAUAUACCCCAUGUGUAAUUGAUUGUUCAAUAUUUGAGGGUAGCAUAACCCUGUGUAACUCUGUUUAGUUGACAUUGUUUUAGCAAUUAGACUAAAAAUGUUUAGUCAGAUAGAUAGUCCUACGGGUUAAGAUUUUAAGGUUUAAAUUUGCCAAACUUUAUUCACAGAUACACGACAUACGAGCUGACCUUGUAUGCCCAUUUGCAUGUUUCUUUUAAAAUAUCUUUCUUCGUGCCAUAGUGGUAGGUCCAACAUUGUCUUAUUUGUAUUAUGAUAUUUCAAACAAGACGAUAUUGGAUGUAUACCAAAACAAGGCUGUUCUUGCGAUAAAGCUCAAAGUAAAUCUUUAACAAACUGUUUUUCCGGAUCGCUGUUAUUCAAUGUGGGACUUUUAUGUCUUUAUCAAAUAAAGUUGGAUUUUGAAUUUGAAUUCAUCUCAUCAUUAACUGUAACAGCGAAACAGACACACGUCUUGUGUGAGCACCUAAACAACUGACUGGUCCCGAGUGAUGUCUCGGGAAGCAAGCACAGUAGCUCUAGAUCGCUGGUGAGAAAAUGAAAUCGAAAUAUUAUUUUUGGUUUGCGAAGCAAACGCCUAGACUUGUCUAUAUUGGUAGGAAGUGAAUCCAACAUUUUAACAAUGCAAUGUAGUAGGAUAUCAUUUAAUAAAAAAUUGCGAGAAAUUCGAUGAAAUUGCAUUUUCUGCUAGUAAAUAAGGUAACAUGUUAUGAAGGUAGACCUAAAAAAUUAGUGAUCAAUGUUUGUAAACUAGAUAAACUAAGAAACUGAAAAAAGGUUGUAAACUAUUUUCAUUUUUCUUGUUUUUGUUCACUGUUUAGAUAAUUACUAAUUACGAAAUGAAGCAUGACAAUCUCGUAGAAGCCUUCCUAUUGUAACACUUACAAUCUAUAUAAGAAAAAUUAGCAAUAAAUGCAGAAAUACUUAACAGAAAACUUUAUUA